AUGGAGGAACUCGAAGAUGAUGUUCACCAGGACAGGUCAAUUGUACGGGUUGUAAUUGACUCCCUCCUUCUACCCCUUCGCAUCGCGACAUCGCCAGCCCUGCUACGAACAUAUCUACGCACAGCCCUUCUCUUCAUCGCAUCCACCAUCCUCUUUGGCUUCGCCGUCGUAGCCUAUUCAUCCUUUUACUACACCUACAUCCCCGUCCGCGGCAUCGUCGUACCCGUAUAUCUGCAAUACGAUCACACUCCGCACUCUCUCCAUGCACCCACGCCAGCCGACGGCGUGACAGCCGGCAAGACGACCAAAUGGCCGUACGGACUCGCCAACAUACCGGGACUGGUCGACCGCCAGAAAUACGACGUAGUCGUUGAACUCGACCUGCCUAGAAGCGAAACCAAUUUGAAAGCCGGGAAUUGGAUGGUUGGGCUGGAAUUCCGUGGCCCGACGACGCGAGGGCAGGGUGUAAAACACUUGUUGGGCUGGGAUGAAGAGUGGAAUGUUGAAGACCAUAGUCAAGGCGGUGCGCCGGGUACUACUCCCGAGAAGAACAUUGUGAUGGACGAUACUACGACGACAACAACAACAACAUCUCAGACUCCUACGGUGCUUGCAAGGAGUAAGAGACCGGCGAUACUGACGUACCGGAGUCGUGUGCUCGAAAUCAUGUACCGUCUCAUGCGCCUCCCGCUGUACUUACUAGGCAUGCACAAAGAAUCCGAACAUGUCCGCAUCAAAAUGAUGGAAUCGGUCUUGUUCGAGCCUGGUUACCGCAACGUUCCUUCUUCCCUGCGUCUCGAACUCCGGUCCAAACUCCCGCUCGAAGUGUAUCGUGCUAGCGUGCAUAUUACCGCGCGCCUGGAGGGGAUACGCUGGGUCAUGUAUCGCUACCGGAUUCUCAGCGGGAUAUUGGGCAUUUUGGGGUUUUGGGGAAUGGAGAUGGGGGUGCUGGUGGUUACUUGGGGGGCAUUUACGGUGCUUAGUUCUUCUUUUUCGUCUUCUUCGCAUGAGGGUGAGGAUGAUAAGGAAAGCAAGGAGGAGGAGGAAAAGAAAAUUAAAGCAGAGGAAACGGAUCCUGGCACCCCGUUUAGCGAGACUAGUCGCACGUUUCCUACCUUGCCCUCGCAGUAUCCCCUUUCGUAUAGUUCGUCUGGCGGUGUGAAGCAAGAGGCUGGUAAUGAACCUGCGCUUAAAGAUAUCCCAGUCAAAGAAGAGGCGGAAGCGGAUGAUGAGGAUGAGGAUUUCUUACUUGAAGUUCCGUUGCCCGUGGGGGUCGAGAGGGAGGCCGUGUUUACGGAUUCAGGGCUAGGAACUGGGUUGGAGAGUGGGGUUGAGAGGGGGGUUGCGAGGAGGAGGGGGGGUGGGAAGGGGGAGUAA